UCUGUGUGCCAGUCUCACUGCCUAUGAUUUCUCUUCCUUUGCCAUGAAAAUGGGAAAAGAAGAGAAGGAGCUAUCGUCGACGAUUGUAGUGGAGGAAUGGAGUGGAUCUUCUUCUACGAAGCUCUCCAGGACUGCUAUCUUAACUGCCACUCCCACAGCUCUUUCUCUUCACAGAUCGGGUAGUCGAUUUAACGAGGUCCGGAGACGAAUUCUCAGUGCAUUUGUACCGGAGGGUUUUCCGAGUAGUGUGACGCCCGAUUACGUUCCUUUCCAAAUCUGGGAUUCGUUGCAGGGCCUUUCAACUUAUAUACGCGUCAUGCUCUCCACCCAAGCUCUCCUAGGUGCUAUUGGAGUUGGUGAGAAAUCCGCUACUAUAAUUGGUGCAACAUUUCAGUGGUUUUUGAGGGAUUUGACGGGGAUGCUUGGAGGCAUCUUAUUCACUUGCUACCAGGGCUCUAACCUGGAUAGUAAUGCCAAAAUGUGGCGUUUAGUUGCAGAUCUGAUGAAUGACAUCGGAAUGUUGAUGGACCUUAUUUCUCCUUUGUUCCCUUCAGCUUUUGUUGUAAUAGUUUGCCUAGGAAGCCUCUCAAGAUCAUUCACUGGUGUUGCAAUUGGAGCAACUAGGGCUGCUCUGACACAGCAUUUUUCACUGCAAAACAAUGCAGCAGAUAUAUCUGCUAAGGAAGGCAGUCAAGAGACUAUGGCAACAAUGAUUGGGAUGGUAUUCGGAAUGCUACUUGCCCACAUUACAAUGGGACACCCCAUAGUUAUUUGGUUCUGUUUCCUGGCCCUCACCAUGUUCCAUAUGUAUGCAAACUAUAGAGCUGUUCGGUGCCUUUGCUUGACAACAUUAAACGGUGAAAGAGCCUCAAUUCUUUUGCAGCAUUUUAUGGAAACUGGUCAAGUUCUCUCUCCACAGCGGGUCUCACGAAUGGAGCAUGUUUUGCCUUUCUGGACCAGUUCAUGGAGUUUGGAGGCAGCUAAAUCACUACACAAGAGGGUACACCUGGGUGUGAGGGUUUCCUCACUGGACCACAGUGAAAUGAGGGACCUCUUAGGCUCCGCAAAGUCUUACCGUAAGGAAGUGAAGUACCUAUUGAUGGAGAGGAAAACGAUUAUCAGCGUUGUGAUACAUAAACAUUCAACAGCUGCUGAUAUUUUGCAGUCAUUCGUGCAUGCACUUGUAAUGGCAAAUCUUGUGGAUAGAAAAUUACUGUUGCAUGCCGAAAGCGACCUGUGGAUGGAUAAACACUACGAAGUUUUCAUUGCAAAGCUACAGUCUGCAGGAUGGAAAACUGAACGUCUUUUAUGCCCUUCAAUUAUUUGGACGGCAAAUUGGGUUCGUGAUCCUUUUGAGUGAAAAGAUCAACUAGGCAAUAUGACAUAAAAUCCAUGAGCAAUGGGGGGAGGAAAGAUUCAUCAACCAUUGGACUUUGAAACAGUUGGCAUUUAGUUCAGGGCUUGAUGCUGGUUUACCUGCCAAAGAUGGGAAAGGAGUAGAAUCAUGUAGUUCCACUUGUGAUAUUUGAUUUAUCUCUCUUGUGGAACAGUUUCUCCGGCAGAUGUCACCAUUGGUAUAUUAUUACAUCAUGAUAGUGCAGCAGUUAUGUAACAGUUGAUUCUGGAGAAUUUUUGUCAGUAGAAUCAGGUAUUCAAUAACCAUGUAAACUUUCCCACGGGUGAGUAUGAAUGAUAAUGCCUGCCUCUCAAUAGUGUAGCCUGGCAUUUUUUAAAUUGAGGCUGGUUUUUUGGUCUUGCUUACUAGUUUCAGUUUUUGGAGUUGGAUUUGAUAUUGCUUGUAUAAUUCAUACUGAAGAAACGCCUAUGCUCAUCUUCUCUGGAGUUCUUCAUUAUACAGUGUAAUUUGAUGCAAGUAGAAGCCAAAUCCAAAUUGCGCUGAGAAGAUAAUUUAUAAUUACAUACAAGUCUCAAAUUGUAGACUGUCUCUUGGCUGAAGAAUGAUAAGUUUGUGUCAUAACCUUUCCAUGUCUUUUUUCAGGUUGCUCAUACCAUACUUUCUGCAAUGGCAGGACUUCGACUCUUGAGAAAGUUUGUGGAUGUUAUUUGAUGGUAUGAACAAAAUUAAACACUAAAAAGUUUCUUUUUCAUCUC